AUGCCGGUGCGGGACCGCAAACAACCCGACAACCGCCAGGGGUCAGCGAGCUCUGGCAAUAGUUGGUUGUCGCAAGAUACUGUGCGAAAUGCGGAGCGUCAAUCUCUAGACCAGGACAAGGCCUCUGUUAGAGGUCCCAGUGCCGACUCGUUUUCCGAUUCCUUCAAAAUGGAUUCCAAGCAAGAGACUUCGAAACCACCUCGGAUUGAUUGGGGAAAUUCCAUGUGGUCAUGGAACUCUCCCGAUAUCUCGCCCACUGAACAACGCAAAGCUUCUGGAUUUAGCAAUCACCGCGAGGCUCUGAUUAUCCCUAAUAAUCGAGAUAGCCUAUCUCAAUCUUCCCUCUCGAAUCCUCGACCUCCAUCCCUCAACCCGUCUCGUUUAGACCCGGAUGAGAUCGAAUCGAUUGCCCCAUGGUCCACAGCCCCUAGCAGUGGGCAACCGGAUACCAGUGGUACUUUUUAUCACGAAUUUUCCGAGCAUGAAGCUUCACCUGCGUCGGCGACAUUCCGCCCAACAACUGGGCGUACAUUCGCGAGCGAGCCCGCUGAAUUUGAAUACCAUGGGGAACAUCGUCGUCCGUCUGCUGCAAGUGCAACCACAGUCAGUAGCCAGGGAUCAAGAUCCAGCAUUAGCCAAAAGCUCCGAAAGAAGCAUCUGAAGGGUUUACUUGGGGAUGACUACCAUUCGCCCGGGGAGCUUCAAACCGAUGAUGAUGGUUCCCAGAACCCGCCAAGCAGGCGUGGGGGGCCAGUCGACCAGCUGAAGGCGCGAGAGAGAGCGAACUCGGAUGGCUCGCGUAAUACACCCGAGGGCUCCAACUCAUCUCAGCGUUCCCACAGGCAACGGUCAAAUAACCCGUUGCCUUCCAGUGACAUUACCCCAUGGGAUUAUCAAAGCUUCAAUGAUAUCCCACAGUACGGAGAGGCACCUGUGCGUCAUGUCCCCAUCGGGCCUGAUGGGCAGCGUCUUGCAUCGGAAAAUGGUACCUCUGGCCAAAAAGAGCCAAGCCGACGGGCUGGCAGACACCGUCCAUCGCGAAGCAAAGAAGAAAACCCAACUGUUGCUGGAGAUCUGGCAUGGUCCCAACCCCGACCUGCUACUGGCAGAGAUGAUAUCUCGUUGCGGCCGUUCAAUGAGAACUACUUGCACUCAACAACCGACAUGAGUGACCCCAAUUUGUAUGGAGGCCGCUCCACCAGUCCAACACCCAGUGUCCGUAGUGCAUACCGUGAUCACGACGGCAAUUCACAGCAUCCUAGAAUCGGUGGGUUCAUCAAAAAGAUUCUCGGGCACGGAUCCAAAUCGCAUGACAGAUCAAGGAACUCCUCUCCCCCGCGACGCGAUAGGCAAGGAAGUCUCGAGGGAAGUACUUCCUCUCGAUAUCCAGAAUCAAUCGAUUCUGACCGAAAGAAAGAUUCUGGGAAGGGGCUUAUCGUAGGAAGAAAGCUUGGUCCUCGUCGUGUGUUCAUCAAUCAAGGUGGCGAUCUCUAUACCCCCAACAAGGAGGACAAGACUCAGGAGGAGAAUAAGCAUUUCUUCCACCUCGAUGUUGAUAUGGAAAACCUCAAAGGAAUUGUCCGACCGCCAUCGCCUGGCCAAAUGAGGCGUGCGAAGGACGGCACUGUCACUCCAGGCGACGAUUCCAAAAUGGAAAAGCCGUGGAAUGCCCCCGAGAGUUGGCAGGUCAGGGGGCCCGUUGAUCCCACCUUGGAAGAGCCUACCACCGUUGGUCCUCGUGAACGUGAAGCGUCAUUCUUCAUUCGAAUCUUCCGAAUUGAUUCGACGUUUGCCACUCUAUCGGCUGGUGUCAAUGCUACUGUGUCUGAGAUCCUCCUCAUGCUUGGUCGGAAAUCUUUCUUGCAAGAUCAUUUGAACAAUUACGAAAUCGUUCUACGGAAAAACGACCUUUCGCGGCAACUAGAUCACAAUGAACGACCUAUCCAAAUGCAAAAGAAGUUGCUAGAACAAGUUGGCUAUACGGACAAGGACCGCAUCGGGGAUAUUGGCCGUGAAGAUCACAGUUACCUCUGUCGCUUCAUCUUUUUGCCGACCAAGCUCAGCGGUUACAGCAGUCUGGAGAGUGAUCCAGGCUUUAAUAAAGUGCAAAAAUUCAGCCAUGUGGAUCUUCAAGGUCGUAGCCUUGUCACUAUACCGAUUACACUAUAUGCAAAAUCCUCCGAAAUCAUCUCACUUAACUUGUCACGAAACUUGUCAUUGGACGUUCCCAAAGACUUCAUACAAAGUUGCAUCAAUCUGCGAGAGAUCAAGUUCAUUGGAAAUGAGGCUUCAUACCUCCCUCAAAGCUUUGGUUUAGCCGGCCGAUUGACAUACCUUGAUGUGUCAAAUAAUUGCCUUGAAGACCUGGACCAUGCGGGUCUAGAUCGCCUCACAGGUCUUGUUAGCAUCAAGAUGGCAAAUAACCAGUUGACCAAGCUCCCCAGUUCUUUUGGAAAUUUCCAAACUUUGCGAAGCUUGAACAUGUCUUCGAAUGGGUUCAAAGUAUUCCCCGAUUUCCUAUGCAACCUCAAGAGUUUGGUCGAUCUCGACAUCAGCUUCAAUGGCAUCGAAGAACUUCCUAAUAUUGGCCGCCUGACCACCCUCGAACGCCUUUGGAUAACGAACAACAAUUUAAGCGGGCCUCUUGAUGACUCCUUCGGGAAGUUGGUGAAUCUCAAGGAAUUUGAUGGACGCUUCAAUGCUAUCACCAAUAUCGAUGCUCUCUCCAGUCUCCCACGACUUGAGCAGAUAUUUUUCGGUCACAAUUUGCUCUCGCGUUUUAAGGGAUCAUUCCCGAAAUUGCGAAGUCUGCACCUGGAUCACUGCCCUCUGACCCAAUUCGACAUUGACACUCCUAUGCCCACACUGACAUCCCUAAAUCUUGCUUCUGGCAAGCUUUCUCAGUUCAAAGAUAGCAUUUUCGAGAAUUGUCCGAAUAUGACAAAGCUCGUCCUGGACAAAAAUCAUAUUUCGUCGGUUUCGCCCCAAAUCGGGAAGCUACGUCGAUUGGAACAUUUCAGUAUGAUUAAGAACCCGCUAUCUUCUUUGCCUCCAACGCUCGGCUGCCUUGGUGAACUUAAGUUCCUCAACCUGAGGGAGUGCAAUUUGACAUCUUUGCCAGCCGAGAUAUGGCAUUGCGCUAAGCUUGAAGUCCUCAACAUCUCUUCAAAUAUCCUUUCCACCUUCCCGAAAUGCGGUGCUCCAUUUCCUCAAAUUCCCGGCGAGCCUACAAACACACCUGUGAAUACACCAGGUAUUGCCGGAAAUACCAGCUAUGAAGAUAUAGGCCCACUGGAUGAAGCUCUACGUCGACCAAGUCAAACCUCAAACGGCAUUGUGAACACUGUGUCACCAAACGGGGUGUAUCGAAACCCGUCCACUGCACAAUCUGUUUCACAGCAAGGUGCUAGAAAAGUAUCGGCAGCGUCACGAUCAGUCACGGAUCCUAACUCGGUGUCUCGCAAGGACUCAAAUUUCUCUCAGCAAAUGGCAAUGACAUUUGCGGCAUCCCUACGAACUCUUUCACUGGCCGACAACAGACUGGAGGAUGAUGUCUUCCGGGAACUAUCUUUGCUCCCAGAGCUGCGUAUUGUCAACCUUUCUUAUAACGACCUGACUGAACUGCCGCAAGGAAUCCUCAAGAGGUGGCCGUUGAUUUCCGAACUUUACCUUUCUGGUAACGAGUUGACGUCUCUUCCCUCUGAUGACCUGGAAGAAGGAAGCAAUCUCAAAAUUCUCCACAUCAACGCGAACAGAUUCCAAGUCUUGCCUGCAGAGCUUUGCAAGGUCAGCAAGCUCUCUAUCUUAGAUGUGGGCAGCAAUGGGCUUAAGUACAACGUGUCGAACUGGCCUUAUGAUUGGAACUGGAACUGGAACCGCAAUCUCAAGUACCUGAAUUUCUCCGGCAACAAACGUCUAGAAAUCAAGCCUAAUAUUGCGUCCCUGGGUCCCCCAGCCGCCAACGGGGCUGAUCUGACCGACUUUAACUCACUGACUCACCUCCGGGUCCUGGGAUUGAUGGAUGUCACGCUGACAAUCCCCACCAUUCCAGAGGAAACCGAGGAUCGCCGUGUGAGAACUUCGGCUUCCUUGGCUGGUACUCUCGCCUAUGGUAUGGCCGACUCUCUUGGCAAGACUGAGCAUUUAUCUAUCAUUGAUAUGAUUGUUCCUCGGCUGAAACAGGAUAAUGUGGAAACACUGGUGGGAAUGUUUGAUGGACAGACCCUUUCUAGUGGUGGUUCUCGCGUUGCAAAAUUCCUGCAUGAGAAUUUCACAUCCACUUUCUCCUUUGAGCUGAAGAGACUUCAGCGAGAUCAAGGUGAAACGCCGCUGGAUGCAAUGAGACGGACGUUCUUGGCAUUGAACAAAAACAUGGCAGGCUCUGCCUACAGGUCUAUCGAUGAUCGCGAGGUCCGACAGUACCAUCGGGGAUCGGCUGCAGCCAAAAUGCUCAAUCAAGACGAUAUUCAAUCUGGCGGUGUUGCCACUGUCUUGUACCUGAACAACAUGGACUUGUAUUCGGCGAAUGUUGGUGAUGCUCAGGCAAUUCUGAUCAGGUCAGAUGGUUCGAUGAUUUCUUUAACGCAGAAUCAUGACCCCGCGGAGCCUAGCGAGCGUGCACGCAUUCGUGCAGCAGGUGGCUUCGUGUCUCGGAACGGAAAAUUGAAUGAUGUCCUCACGGUGUCUAGGUGCUUUGGACACUUCCCUAUGAUGCCUGCUGUCAUUGCUGCCCCCUCCACAAUGCACACAACAUUGACUGAACAAGACGAGAUGAUCGUAUUGGCAUCGAAAGAGCUCUGGGAUUAUGUAACUCCGGAAGUGGUGGUUGAUAUCACUAGGAGAGAACAGCCAGACUUGAUGUUUGCAGCUCAAAAAUUGCGUGAUUUAGCCAUCUCCUUUGGUGCCACCAAUAAGCUGAUGGUCAUGAUCCUGGGGGUUGGUGAAAUUCAGAAGAGACGUCCAAAGCCUCGUCCUUCUCUCAACACUAGCUCUUCUACAUUUGCCGAGGAGCAGAUUAUUCCAACUGCCAAGCGUCCCAAGAAGCGCGAUGGGCCUGGAGAUUCAAGACUGGCUCGCUUCGAAUUUGUGGAUGCUCCGGACGGUGAAUUGACCAUCAUGUUCACUGAUAUUAAACAGUCCACAGCUUUAUGGGAGCUGUGUCCCGAUGCGAUGCGCUCUGCUAUCCAAAUCCACAAUGAUAUCCUGCGCCGGCAGCUUGGAAUAUUCGGUGGCUACGAGGUGAAGACAGAAGGUGAUGCUUUCAUGGUGGCUUUCUCAACCACGACAGCAGCAUUACUGUGGUGUUUCAACUGUCAAAACCAGCUCCUCGAAGCUGAAUGGCCUACAGAGAUUCUCGACCAACCCCAGUGCCGAGUUGUGGUCGACAUGGACAAUAACGUUAUCUUCCGGGGCUUGUCCGUCCGCAUGGGUGGCCAUUGGGGCGAACCUGUCUGCGCAAAAGACCCCGUCACGAACCGAAUGGACUACUUUGGUCCAAUGGUGAAUCGUGCCUCGCGAAUUUCUGCCGUCGCCGAUGGAGGGCAAAUCUUUGUCUCGUCAGACUUUAUGGCUGACAUUCAACGCAACCUCGAGAUUUUCGCGGACGCUGAGCGAUCUGCGUCCACCAGCUCGACUGAUACCAACACUCGUGUUGAUAGUCUUGGCCACAAUAUCCGUCGUGAGCUCCAGCAGCUGAACAGUCAAGGCUUCGUCAUCAAAGAUCAAGGUGAGCGAAAGCUGAAGGGUCUGGAAAAUCCAGAACCCCUCUACCUUGUCUAUUCCUCUUCACUUUCCGGCCGGAUGAUUUCUUCGGAGGAAUCACAGGAUGGUGACAGCUCCGCUGCCACAAUCAGCCCGAACAAUCAACUAGAUAUCCAGACAAACAUCAUCUGGCGUCUCUGGGAAGUCACAAUUCGUCUUGAACGAAUUUGCGGUGCUUUGGAGCAGCCCAGUGAUCCGAGCCUCAGAGAGCCCAAUGUCGCUCUCUUCAACAUGGUCAAGAGGCAUGGUGGCGAAUUGAAUGACUCGACUGUCAUUAGUUUGAUCGAUCAACAAGUUACCCGUGUCGAGGUAUGCAUCAACACCCUCUCAUUGCGCCACAUGAUGCGUCCUUUCAAACCAGGCGACAAUCUCAAGGACCAUGCUGUUCCUAUUGGCGAGGUUCUGCAACAACUACAAACACAACUCGCCGAAUUCCAGGCCCUCAAGCAACAGAUGGCCGUUGGUGCUGCAGGCAACAUCAGCGGUCUACCAUCCUAUGGUAAUAUGGGUCCUUCAGACAGCAUCGACAGUGGCAUUACCUCCGCCUCGUCGUCUUUCCUCCACCUUCCUGGCGAUACCAAUCGCUCUUUCGAUUCUGGCCGCGGCCGCCCCUAA